AGCGUUGUCACGUGAUCUCCCAUGGCAACCAGCGACUGUCAUCAGUUCCGCUCCUGGAGGAGUGCAACCUCAAUCCGGCUCAGCUGCAAAAUUCACUUCCCCACUUUAGGACAACUCUGCGGGUUAAUUUGCUCUCACAGUGACCUAAAGUCGUCUUCCAGCGAGGACCGAGCCUGAAACACAGGGGGGAGCUGAAAAUCAUGAGUCACCUCAGCCCAGGACUUAUUUCAGCCUACAACAGUCUCACAGACAAACAUCUCGCUGGAUACUUCAGCAACACUCGGAUCAGGAGACACCUGCAGAGAGCAGGACUGAUCACCAGGAGUGGGCGUAUUGUUCCAGACAAGGAGUACAGACACAAGCUGAUCCAGAGAGCCCACCAGAGACACGUUAGAGAAUGCCUGGCCCAGGCCAUUUUCCACAAGGUGCUGGAGAUGGAGCGUCUCCAUCAAAUAGAGAUCAAAAGAAAACUGGAGGAGUUUGCAAGGAGGGAAAGAGUGCAUAAGAUCAAGGUGGAGCGCUCUAAAAGGUAUGAAGAAGAAAUCAUCCGCAUCCUGUCUCCUCGCCCACCCACGGGUGCAAGGGGUGUCCGAAAACAGCACUCUGGGCCAGAGGGGGAGCACUCCGAAUCCUCUGAGUCUCCGAGCUCGUCUCGACCCAACACGGCUCCAGGGAAGAUGCAGAGGCCGGUGCGUCUGAAGCCGAUCCAAAGCAACGGCAACACAGCUUCACUCAGACGCAGCUCCCCUUACAGACUCCACGAGUCCUCCAAUGAGAACGACCAGCCAUUCAACUGCACUAUGGACAAGGAGUCCCGGAGACGUUUUAACAUGACGGAUGCCUCUCGUGGUAUCUCACCCUACUGCCUCCCAGUCAUCAACAACUUUGUCACCCCAGUGCCUCCGGCCACGAAGAGGAAAGAGAGGGGCAUGAAGGUCACUCCCAGCGGCACUGUCAGAGGCCGCCGACUGCGCCCCACCACCGCCUCCAGUGGAGCUGACGUCCAUGAGGAGCCGCCCAUGCUGAGGAGCUCUGUGCUCCAGAGCAGAGUGUGUGUGAACAUGGUGUACUUUGGCAAAACGGUGCAUCUCUCGCACGACCUGAGUGACAUGAGGGAUGAGGUCAAGGUGUUUCAGCAACACUGUGGAGGAGAAAACCUGUGUGUGUACAAGGGCAAGCUCCGUGAGGGAGAGAUGUUCCAGUUCAUUUCGCGGCGACACCGAGGUUUCCCCUUCAGCUUGACCUUCUUCCUGAACGGGCUGCAGGUGGAACGGCUGAGCUCCUGCUGUGAGUUCAAACACAGGAAGGGCUCCAGACUCGGCGGCAGGCACGGACACUUUGGCUUCUCUGGCAUAGAGGGGGCCUCACCCUGCUACAAGUGCAUCAUAGCAAUGGGACUAGACAAGAAGCCCACUCCUCCACCGAAAAGGGUCAAAGAUGAUGGAGGAAGAGAGGAGACUGUCUCCAGCCCAAAGACUACUGCUGAGAUGGAGAUGGAGAGGACUGUGGAGGACGCUGGCUCCCACUCCGAGUGUGAAACCAGCCAGCCGCAGGACAUGGCGACUCAAGUCAAAGAAGAAACAGCUCCUGAGGAAGACAAACUCCGAGACGAUUAUGAAGAGGACUUUGAAGCAGAUGAUGAAGGUCCCGUAGAAGACGCUGAGGAAAAGGAAAAGAAAUCCCCAUCUCCAUCCAUAGAAACUGAAAAGCAAGUUCGAGAGAGAGAUGCCUCUGAGACUGAAGACGACGAGAAGGAUGAAGACGCAAAGUCUCACUCAGGCUCCAGCUGCUCAGGCAGUGACAGGGAGGAAAGCGAUACUGAAGCCCCCAAAGACUCCACAGAAAACGAAAAAGUAGAGCAACCUACAGAAGUCGAUCAAGAAGAAACCGCUGCUCCAUCAGAUGAAAAAGAUGAACCAAAUCCAGAAGAAGCUGCUGCCACCGCGGCAGAGCCUGCUGCUGCUAAGGACUCAGAUAUACAGGACAGCGCCGGGGACAGCACAGAGAUCGACAUCUCCGAUGCCAGCGUCCCCUCUGGGAAUGAGAAUAAACAGAGUGAUGACACCUCCGGAGACAAAGAGGAUGAGAAAACAGUAGAUGAGAGCAAACAGGAGGAGGAACAGGAGAGGGCCAAAUCUGUACAGGAGAAGCUGGCAGAGGCCAUACUGAAGGAGUCCCAGUGCAGCUCUGAGCCAGAACUGAGCGACACCAGUACUGAGGAGGAGGAGGAGGCCACAGAUAAAGGACAUAAACAAGACAACGAGGAUGUCGUUCUAGAGAAAAGUGCUGUUGAAGCUGAAGUGGUAGAGGGUCACGAAGAGAUGUCUGAACCAAAAGAACAGAAGGAUGAAACUGAACAAGAGCCCCACGAGAGUAGUGAGAACUACCAAGAUGAGAUGGUUAAAAAGGAUGAGGAUGUUGAAAAGGCUGCAUCAGAAGAGGACAAAGAUGAAGCUGCAGCAAAGAAGGAUGAAUCAGAGGUGACAGGGGAUGCAGAUGCAGCCCCGAUUCCUGUACCUGAAGAGAAAAUGGCAGAAGAUGACAAGGCCUCAGAAUCUCAAGAUAACACAACAGCUAAAUCCGCUGAGACUGAGGCUGCAGAUAAAGAUGAAGAAAACGAGCAGAAAACAGCAGACGAGGCUGAGACGCUGCCCGACGAGACGGGGAAAGUGGCAAAAAGCAGCGGAGAGGAUGAGUCAUCAGUAUCCGAGCUGUAUAAAAAGACUGAUGAGACAGAAGUGCCAGAUAAUGCAGAGGCGGAGGCGACGACAGCGAGCGAGACAAUGGAGAUGAAAGCAGAGCCCUCGGAGGAGCGAGAGGCCCUCAGCUGUGAAGAGGCACCUGUAACCAACACAGAGAGGCAGCAGGAAGACGGCGUGGACAGAACUGCAGGAUCAGAAACAGAAGUCACGGCAGAUAAUUCGAGCAGCUCUUCGGAGGGGAGCAGAGACACCACAGUUCAUGCCGAACAGACAGCAGACACAAGUGGGGACAAUGCAAAGGAUGAGAGCAGUAAAGAUGAUGUUAAAGAGGAGGAGGCAGAGGAGGCGUCAAGAGAAGAGGCUUGUAAGGAUGACAGUGAAAAGCAGGUGUGUGAUGCAGGGGAGGAAACAGAAAAGUCUGUGAAAAUAAACGAUAAGGUAGAGGAGGAGGAGAAAUCUGAAGAGGAAAGUAAAGAGGAAGAAAAACAAACAACUCCAGAAGAGAUACCAGAAGGUGAAAGCACUGAGGAAAGAGAAAAGGAUGAAACAGAUAAAACAGAAGAAGAGAAUGACGAAAGUAAGGCAGAAGAAAUGAUAGAAAAUGAGGAAAACACUACAGAAGGGACUAAAACUGAAUCAAACACUGAAGGAAAGUCAAACGAAGAACAAGCUGAAAAAACCCUCAGUGAGGAAGAUAAAGUUGCAAAUGAGGAGAAGGCAGAUGAAUCAGAAAAGACAGAGAACGACGAGGAUGACAGUAAUAAUGUGGAUAGUGAAUGUGUCAAGAGUAAAGAUGGAGAGGAAGAAUCUGAAGGAAAGGGAGCCGCAGCUGAUAACACUAACGAAGGUGAAGAAAUAAAUGAAACAGAUGCAGAUGAAGAAAAGGGUGAUGGGGCGGAGGAGACAGAGAAAGGUGAGAAUGGCAAUGAAGCUGAGGAAAGUGAGGUAGUGAAUAAAGAUGAGGAAGAAUCUGAAGAGAAGAAAAUCAUAACUGAUAGCGAUAAGACGGUAGAGGGAGAAGAAGUAUCUGAGAUUACAGAAGAACCUGAGAAAAGUUUACACAAAGACUUGGACAAAGAUAAUGUGAAAAUAUCUGAUGAAAAUGUUGUUGAGUCAGAGGAUGUAGGCAAAAGUGAAGCAGCAGAUGCUAAUCGAACUAAAACGACUGAAGAGACGCUAGACAACAUGAUGGAGGCUGAAAACGUUGAGGAAGAAGCUGAAAAAGAAAGUGAGAUUGGUGAAAGGGGAGAAGUUGGUGUUGAAAAUAGGGAGAAGUCUACCGGAGCAGAGAGCAACACAAAUGAAGAAGAGGCAGAGGACAAAAAUGAUGUUAAAGCGGUGGAGCAAGUUGAAGAAGAGAGAAAAACAGAGGAACCAACAGAAAAUGAGAGUAUAGAGGAAGAGAAAGUAACUGUGGAGUCCGGAGACGGUGCUGAAAAACAUGAAGAUGACAGGAUUGAUCAGGCUCCCGCCACUGAUAAAGUGGAAAGUGAGGCUGAGGAAGGGGAGGCCGGUGUGGAAAACCCAGAUGAAUCUAAUAAAGAAGACUUUGAGCCAGUGAUAUCUGGUGCUGAGAUAAAAGUGGAAACUAAAUCUGAUGAUCUAAAUACAGACAAAAAGGACAGUGAGACCGAGGAGAUAAAAGAAGAUCCUGAUGAUAAAGACAGCGAUUCAAAAAACGAUAACACCCAGAACCAAGUCAGUGAGGUGAUAGUUGCUUCUUCAGGGGAUGGGGCACCAUCUUCAACAGCUGUAGCUAUUGAUUUAGACAGUACAGAUAACAAAGAGAAUGAGGAGUCUGACUCGAACACUGACAAACACCCACACGUUGAUGAAAACGCUGCUGCUGCUGACCUCUCUGCAGCCGAUGGAGAGAAUGGUAGAGCAGACACGGAGGAGGCGAGCAAGGCCUCGGAGGAAGGAGCGAGUGUGCUGCUCAAACCUCAAGUGCAGUCAACAGAGCUUCCACACAACAAUGCCGAUAACACAGAAGAGAAGACUGCAGUAGGUAAAGAAACUCCGGAGGCCUUGGCAAAAGAAGACAACUCUGAUCUGGUGACAAACUGGGUGACCAUGCAUCAAACGUCCAAGUAUUUUGAGAAGUUUGUUGAACCUUUAGAAGACUUGAGGGAUUCAGAUGCUCAAACAUCUAACUCCAACACUGAAGCAACACAAUCUACAGAGCUGCUGAGAUCAGUGAGUCCACUUAAGACAGUGAAGAUGUCUGAUGGAGAAGCUGCUGAUGGUGUUGAAAAUGCAGAAGAGGGGAACACGCAAAAAGAUGUUAACGAGGCAGAGGGCAAAACCGAAGUGGAAGUUGUACAGUCGGGCCCCGAGAGCAAUGAGUCUGAAGAUGAUGAACCUGGCAAAGAUACGCUGCAAGUGGACGAGACUGAGGUGAAAAACUUAACACCAAACACAGAGACUGAACAUAAUGUUCAGGGUUCAGGAACUGAGCUCUCGAGGGAAGACCUUAGGUCAGACGAAUGCAAAGGAAGCAGGGGAUCUCUUGAAGAAGACAGGAUUCAAGAUGGACCAGUGCAGAGGAACACCGAAGAGACUGAUAUUUCCAAAACUGAAGUAGAAAGCAUUGCAGGUACUAAUCAUUCAGGAGCCAGUGGCAAACCUGAGAGUGUCACAGAGAACCAAACUGAGGAGAAAAUGACUGAGAAUGAGAAACAAACAGCACCUGAAGAGAGGAAAGAUCUUCUGUCUUUGCCUAAAACUGAGGAGCAUCAGCAGUGUUCAGAGAGUCCAGAAUUGGCUUCUGCUGACACGAUAGCAGAUGAACAGAAUUCUACCAAAGAAACGCAGCAAAAAACAGAUGAAGAAAGUCAAGAAGUUACAGAAAUAACUGAUUUUACAACGGCCAAGUCAGACGAUGGAAGCCAAGAGGAGGUUGAACCCAAACCAUCUGACGGCAGCAUCAACGGAGACAGAAGAGACACGCAGCUGAUCCAAGACAUCAAACACACUCUCAGUAAAGACCGGUUGAGCAUGUUCUCAGUGGACGAAACACUGUUUGGUCGCGGUUCAUAUCCUUUGCUGACGGCAACGAGGACUGAGAGUGGACAUUAGAGCUGCACAAGUCAAAGUUACACUAAGGUACAGUGAUGCUUUGCUUAACUAAAAACUUGCAGAAAUUUAAGAGCGUUUUGACAAUCAAGAUGGCUACUUUGUGUAUUAGUGGUCAGCAAAUGUGGUUUUAUCGAUUGGUCAAACCAUAAUCAGUUACAUCGAAUACAAGAUAAUUUCAGUUUUGACGAAGGCCUUCAAGUGUCAUUUGGUUUCUAUGUUUACGACUUCUUAAAUGGUCUUCAUCCUUCAAUCACCAAAAAGAAGCCGUGUAAUGAGUUUUGACCGCUGUAGAGAAUGUUUACAAUAGACCAUCUCUUCCUAUUGUCAGAGACAUAGUUAGUAUGAGGUAUCAAGUAGGCUACAGCUGCUAUCGCCCAUUACCUGUAAACAGAUACUCUGCCACUCUUGCUCACAAAUGAUUGAAUAAUUCAUAGUUGUUGUUGGACUCCUACAGCUUAGUUUGCCCUGAUGGACCCCAGCACACUUACAUUUCCACUGACUGACUCCGUGUAGAAGCACGAUGCUACAGUAGAUAAGCUUUAAUCUGUAAUUGCACUGUCUGUGUUAAUGACAAUUUUAGUCAGUGCUUUGACAUAAUUGUUUAGAUGACAGUAUGUAGACAUGUUAGGAAAUGAUAAGCUAAACCAACAUGGAUAAUUAAAUCAUCAUUAAGCUGAUAAUUAGUUAGAUAAAACAGUGACAACAUAGUGACAUGUCAAAGCUAGGCACUAUUUGUGUCAUUAUUGCUGCUAAUACUACCUCUUUUUGACAAAAAAUAUACUAAAUAUUUAUUUGUAUUGCCUUUUCAUCUGGUU